AUGGCAACUUGGCAGUUCAGUAAUUUUUUCUCUCUCGUGGUUCUUCUGCCCACGACUGCAAUUCAGUCGAACAGUCAACCCAACAAGGAAACUGUCACAGUGGUACUACUUUACCCUUUCUCGUCCUGUGAGCAGCUGAUUACCACCGAUAACCAAUUCGCUUCCGCUUUCCAUGUGGCCAUCGAGACCAUAAACAACAGCAGCACCUUCAACUUUAAGUUAUCGUAUCAUCUGAAUGAUACGCGAUGCAGUGAGCUGGUUGGUAUCCAGGCCAUGACCGAGCACAGGAAUCGCGGAGUUCAAGUUUUUAUCGGGCCGGGAAACGAGACCUACUGUGCAACUUCAGCCCGUGUCGCUGCAGCCUGGAAUCUUCCCAUAAUCUCAUACGUAAGUUUCAUGCUAUAUCAAGUCUGAGAGGGUGCAAUAAUUUCCAAGGCGUCCAUACAAGUCUUUAAGGGGCUAAAAUAAGUUAUUUCGCUGCGUUUUUAAAGCUAUUCAAAUUUUUCAUCAAAUUACAGAAGCAAAGAGACAUGUCCCAAUGGCUUGGGAAAGAAAUACAAAAAGAUUGUGAUAUACAAGAAACUACGACGAUAAAUAAAGGAGAUAAUGCGUAUUUCGAUGAAAUUAAUUAAUUUACGUUACAUUAUUCAAGAUGUACUAACGGAGAGGAUCCUCUUUAAAACUUUGGUUAAGUACCUAAAUUAUGGGCAAACCCUAAUAAUUCAAUACGUUUCCUUUGAUCCCCAAUCAUGUAAAAAUGUUUUUAGCUACCUUUUCUUCAGUGGCGGAAAGAACACAACUACUCUUCGUUCACAUCGGUUUUAGGUAGGGUCGGAUUUCCCCUGCGUUUAGUGAAACGUCCUCUAUGUAUUUGCAGCAAGAGUAAUGUCACAGUAUAAUGUGUUGUGUUCCUUUUAUACAAAUACGGUUCCCACAAACUGCCGCUGUCUUGAAUAACCUUUCACUUCAAAAUAUAAUAAGACAUUUGCGAAGACAGGCAAUUACUUACCUUUAAGAUACACCGUCAGCUCUCAGCCGGAAUCAACCAAUAAGCCAAACAGACCGCGAAGGACGCAAAGCGAUGUUUUGUCAGAAAAGACGUGUUGCUCAUCCAACAAGACUUGCUCACUAUAGAGUAAUGCGAUCGGAUCUCAGAAAUUCUUUUAUACACUGCAUUUAAAUUAGCUCUAGUAAGCUGAUCGUAACAGCCCAAACUUAUGCCAGAAGUCAGACAAAGGGGAUUAAUUUCUCAUUCUGCCGCAGCGAGCCAGUGUAUAAUGACACCUGCAAUGCUUCUCUUUCUGUCAACUCACUAUUAACUGAGCCGAAAAUUUAUCCUAAUCUACGUUGUAAAGCUUUCCAAACAUUGCAUAACCUUAAUUUUUACACAGGUGUUGAGUAAUUUUACUCGUUGACAGCCUUCGAUUUUUUUUUUGGCUAGAAAAAGGCUUUUUUUUUGCACGAGAUCUUAUUUUCACGAUAUUUUCAUUUCAUGCCGCCUUUUAAGUUCAUUCCCCUUCUAAUUAAAUGUAUUGCAUGAACAGGUCAAGGUGAAGGUAAUCGCACAACAUGUCAUGUUGUUAGUUUAAACAAAUAAUAGGAUAAGUCUAUUUGAAGUUUUCGGCAGUGGAGUUAAAAUUUUAUGGAGUAUUAACAUAAGCUUAUCAGGAGCAACUAUGACAACCUCAGCUUUAUUUGACGGUACUGUUGUGAUUUCCAUGACGAUAGUGUUUUUCUUGGCUGAAUAAUGACUGAUGAAUAUAGCAUUUUGAUACCGAGUUGAGUAAUCUGAAUACUUUCUCCGAAUACUUUCUCCGCAUAACAACUUUUUAAAUAAAGGAGGUAAGUUUGGAAAGAAACUGAGAUGCUGCGUCGAUGGGUGAGUAUUACUAGACAUACUUGGUUUUAUCAGCUGAGUUGACGAUGUAAAUUGGCCACCAUAAAGAGAACUAAAGCUAACGUUUCGAGCGUCAGCACACCUCGGCCUUCGCAGCAAGAUUUCAAAUUGUAAGCUAGUCCCUGAUACAACUUUAAGUAAAAUAAUUGGGCCAACCAGCAUUGUCUCUGCUUCCCCUAAGAUGGAAUGCUACAUAAUGAUUCUUUCUGGGUUUAAAAUUUACCCCAAUAUUGAGCGCAUUUAAUCGAUUUCAGAAAUCAGAUAAACGAAAACGGAUAAACUUGAGCAGAUAACCCUCUAGAAACCGAUAACUUUUAAUGAAAUAUAAGCAUUAUCGAAACUCGCUAAAGAACUUUGUUGUAUGACUGAUAUGCUAUUAUCAACAACUUGAUUGCAAGUCAAUAUUUAGCGCUUAGGAUAAGGUUAUUGCAACUCGUAUUUCGAAAAUGAUAUUUUACAGAUAAAUGACUAAUUCUUCCGCUGACUGCUGAUGACUGAUUUUCCAUUUUAGUUCUGUAAUGAAGACGUUGUCUCCGAUAAAUCUCUUUACCCAACCUUCGCUCGAACAAGGCCUCCCAACUCGCAGCUAAGCAAGAGUGUAUUGGCUGUGCUGAGGAAAUUUUCUUGGACACGAGUAGCCAUCAUAUAUUGUGAUGGUAGUUGCUUUAGUCAGCAGCGAUGGGAGAAGACGAAAGAAGACAUGAAAAUAUAUUUUGAAGAAAAUGGCAUCGAAGUCACUUACGAGGCUCAAAUGCCACAAGAGCACCAGCAGGAAAGGUUUGACCUAAUCCUGGAGGAGAUCAAAGUAAAGGCUCGGAGUAAGUAUACCUCGUACUUUUAUUUCAGCUAAAAUAGUCUAACAUAUUGAUCUCCAUCACAGUAGUUGCGUUCUGUGGUCACGCAAUGCUUUUUCUGUUCCUCUGAUCUGUUAGCAAGUACAGCAAGCAGAUCCAAUGAUAACUAGAAAUGGCGUUGAAAUGAGAGGUGGAGAGGGGAGUUAAUGAUAAAUCAGUGUUGUUGUUGGCGAAGUAAUAACUACAGCUAUAAGGUAUGAUAAGAACUAGUUUUUAAUUUCAAGAUUAGAGAAUGGGGGCCAACGUCAUAAUCGUUUUCCCCAAGCACAGUCAGAAGCAGGUCAUAAAUUUGUCUUUGAAAAGCCCUUUUCGCGAGCUUGUACAAGUCAGGAUGUAAAAAGAGGGAAGAGAGACCUCGAAAUGGUUUUUCAUUUAUUUCUUUGCUGAAACACCAUGUCGAGACCAUUGACCUUGAUGAGCACUUCUCAGUCCUGAUCGUGACGAAAAGUUUGACUGCCUCAUUUAUAAAAUGUUCUGCGCGCGAAAACGAAACUCAACAACAAACAGACACCAUUCCAAACUAUAAAGGCAUGUCGAGGGCUCGGCAACAUUUCACUUUCCCUUUUAGAAAGUGUAUUGCCAACAGUUUUACUUUAUUGAGGUUUAAAAUUUCUUCCAGUUGUGAUAAUCGCUGCAAAUCCUGAAUAUGCACCACCAUUCAUGGUCCGCGCUCGAAGUAAAGGGAUGACAAAUGGUGAUUACGUGUACAUCAUCAGCACAGCUAACUCUGUGAUUGGCCAACAGCAUCAGGACGCGGAGUACUGGUUGACAGGAAUCAGUGGAAAGAUCAACAAGGUCGAAGCCGAGAGGGCCUGGCACUCAGUACUUACACUAGUUUCCAGACCUUUCAACGCUACCAAGUACAAAAAGUUCCAGCAGCGUGUGUUAAAAAAAGCGAACGACGAAACGCAGGACCAAGUGAGUUUGAGAAGGUGUCACAAAAUUCACACGUUGCUCGUUGCAAGAUCUCGUCUUUUCUCAUAACAGAGUUAUCUAAGAGACAAAAGCUCAUCAAGACUCGUGUUUUCUUUUCAAAUGCUUGAAGAAGGGGUAAUAUGAAACCGUAAGAAAUUACACUGUUAAAUGCCAUGUUAGUAACUCAAAACGUUAUCUAGAGAUUUGUAAAGGAAAGGACACCAAAGUUUCGAAUGUAUGGGAAUUUGUGAUGAUCCAGAAAUGUAAACAGAGUUUUAGAAAAUCAGGCCAAAAAGACCCCUGAGGUUCAAGUUUUGAUUUUACAGUAUGGCUUUGGUGCUAGAAAAAAAGGGUUUUGAAACCCAUCUGAGAUGUACAAGGAUUGUCCUUACAACAAUCAUAAAACUAUGAUAUUGAUUAGAUACUACAGAGAACGGCAAAAUUAGUUGGCACCCCUUCCUCUCGGUAGAAGGUCGACCACCCUUCACUCAGCAUAACAAACGGAAAUCGUGUAAUUCGUAUGUAAUAAGCUUCGUGAAAGACCCCACAUUCCCCCCAAACAAUCUAACCCAGUGGCAUUAAAAUGAAGAAGAAAAAACAUUCAGAAAUGACAAGAGCGUGCGAGACUUUGGCCAGUUACUGUAGGUAUUUGACUGCCAAGUUGAGCUGAAUCAAUUUUGUUCAUUUCAAGAGAGCUCUUUCUGUGCGUCAAUUACUCUUUUGAUUAAUUUCUUUUUCAAUCAAAGGUAGUUCAUUAUGCCGCGUAUUUGUAUGACGCCGUGUAUUUGUACGCGUUGGCACUGAAUAAGACGAUUUCCAACGGACAGAGCCCAAAGGACGGAGUUGCCGUGUUUAAGAAUAUCAAAAGGACAAAUUUUGAAAGUAAGAUUUUGCUCUUUGUGUCUAAACUUUAUUUUAAGCGCGAUUGCAGACCAUCUAAGGCCCUAUUAUCGACAUCAGCUUUUUUCAUGACUUCCAUUGGUCUCUGUGAUUAGAGGAAAAAUAAGUUUUUUACUCCUCGUUAUUUUGCCAGGUAUCACAGGAUUUCAAUUACAUGUGGAUGAGAAUGGAGACGUUGAAUUUAACAUGACUCUUCUUGAAUAUUUCAAGAAUGCUGGUGGUGGACAUGGUAAGAAAAAUUAAAAGUAAUCAAUAGAGUUAUAUAUUAAAUUCGUUUUUCUCGAAACCAGAUUCUUUACUGAUUGUGGCCUAUUUGUGCCCACAAUGGAAAAAUCACAGAGCACAUUCUCUUCACCCAUUUUGAAAAACCAUGAGCGGUAACGCACUGACGAGUCCAUUUCAGUUUGGUCAGGUUUGUGAAAUUCGGCUCUCUGACUGGUCAAAAUCCAAACGGACAUAUUCUAUCACCUUGUAGCCCUUAUUUUCCAUUACUUGAAAAUUCAUUUGUUGGUCGAAAUUGCAUGAAACAAGGUCACUGGAUGGUUUUAAUCACGGAAAGGUUGAUAAACGACUUAAGCUAUGAUUGCGGUUUAUGUUUUUCCCUAGCAGAAGUCUAUUUUAGCAAAAUUGUCAGCUUUAGGUGUAUUGAAUAACUUUCUCCGCUGACGAUCUAUCACAUUUUAAAGAACCUUGUUCAAAAGUUGUAAAUUUGCAGUAAUAACACCAUAUUUUGUUGGUUUCUAUUUGUCUUUUUGACGGCAGAAAUGAAGACUGUUGGCGAGUUUAAGCUGAACGAAACGAGCGGAAACCAAGUCCUUGAGCUACUUUCCGGGAUUAAUAUCAGCUGGUCCGAGUAUGAUCAGCGAACUUCCCCUCCAGUAGACAGGCCUCCAUGCGGAUUCACUGGUGAGCUCUGUCCAACACCUUCACCAAGUAAGUGCCUUGUUCGACUUUUUUGAUCCGUUUGACUCGUCUGACUCGUUUGACCUGUUUUAUUCGUUUUAAAUGUUAGAAUUUUUUUUUGUUUAAUCCAGUAACUUUUGCAGCUUUUUUUAUUUAUUUCAUCUGGCUAAGCUUUUCCACUUUUUGCCCUCUGAAAGGUCCUUCAAAGCCAAUUAUCUACAAAGCAGGUGUCAUAGCUGCUGCUGUAGUUUCGUCUCUUAUCGUAGCUGGUACGGUGCUGUUAGUCUUCUAUAUCAGGUAAAAAAAACUCAGCCGACAAAGUCGUUAGGAGUUAAGAACACGUUUAACGUCUCUCCCGGCUUAAGUCUUGUCAGUCUUUAUAAUAGUAUUUUUUUAGCACCCUAACAUCAGUAUGCAUAUUCUCUAUACAUUUCUUAGGGUGCUGACAAAGAGAAUUUGUUUAACAAUCAAAAGCUUCUUUACUUGGUGAUCAUCUCUUUAAUUCUCAUGACCUUAAUGUGUGAUUCAAGGGGGAUGUUGUGAGGAGAAAUAGGAUGUUAGUCACUCUUAGGGGUCGGAUGUCAAAAGUCUCUUGUGCCACUUAUUGUAAGCCGCGUUAACAGCUUUAAAACAGACAUUCGUCUUAACGAUGCGUAACGAACGAGGAUAUUAUCCAAUAACACCGCGGAUAACUAUAGACAUUGAUCCCAGCUUUCUCCCAAGAGUUUUCUCAUUUAUUUCCACUUUUAUACUUCCACUUAUGCUCUUGUUGUGAUAUUUGUACGUCUAAUAUUCACUCUUUAAAUUCAUCCUAGUAGGAAACACGCCUUUGAAAAAGAGCUGGCCAGUCAAAUAUGGAAGGUGAAAUACGAAGACAUUGUGAUUUGUCCUGCUAUGGGUAUCAGUGUCUCAAGGAUAUCAACCAUUAGCGAGGUGUGAAACUGUUGAAGUUCUUGUUCAGGUUACGUCAGUAGUAAAAACUAAAAAUUAAACUUUCCCAUUUUUCGCCUUUUCGCCCAUUGGCGUCCAUCUUAUUUUUCCAUUUCUCUUAAUCUCUUCUCUGCUCUUCGGAUUAACUUUAUCAUCUCGUUUCUUCAUUUUCGUUUCUUGUUACCUCCUCUCCUUGUUCAUCCUUCCUCGAACGUUUUCCUCCUAAUGUUUCCUUUGUGUGAUUCCCUCUCCUUCCUCUGGAGUUGAUAUUCUAAGGUUACUUUGACGAUCAUCUUCAUGCCAUAUUGAUUUUCCUCAGGAGGAGUUUUGUUGUGUUACGACAUAAUUUAACUGAUCCCUCCCUAAGGCUCUGGAAUAUUCUUAUGACCCCCCCUGGUUGGCAGUUAAUUAGCAGUCAAUUUUCCAAAGUACUCCCCCCCCUCCUUCCACCCAUGUACUCUGUAGGUGACGACUAAUCCCCACUCCGUUCCCUCUGAAAACCAUUUGUUCACCUCAAAAAUUCUUCAUCCCCCAACCCUCCCUCCCUCCCCUUUAUCACUCUCAAUUUAAAUAACCAGGGAUCUAUUGAUCACUAGCUACGAAACAAACUGUAUAUGCUGCACACUUACAUCUAUUUUCUUUCAGAUAUCAACGGCAAACAGACCUCGGUGUGGCAUCACACUGGGGACAUAUAAGGUGUUUACAAAAAAAAAUUAGGCAUCUGACCGCCAUACUAGAAUUUACUUUACUAAUCUUUAAUUAAAGGAGCGUCACCCCAUCUAGUUUAUCUUUUCGAAGGGUAAGGGGCGGCUGCAUACAGGCUGUCGUUAGGUGGCCUAUCCCAGGCUUUCAGCUGGUAAAACGGUACGAAAUCCGAGCGAAAUAGUGAACCGCUCGACCCGAGCAUUUUUUCACUCCUCGGCAACUGAACGUUUGGAAUAGGUUAGAUCAAGGAGGAGGCAACUGAAUGUUUGGAAUAGGUUAGAUCAAGGAGGAGGCAACUGAAUGUUUGGAAUAGGUUAGAUCAAGGAGGAGGCAACUGAAUGUUUGGAAUAGGUUAGAUCAAGGAGGAGAUGCAAUAUCACGAAAUAUUUGUGGUCAAGCAAGCGUUAAUCAUUUACCCUUUCGCUCCCAAGAUCUCACUAGUAAUUCGCCUUACCUUUCGCUGUACAAUUCCUAUGGAGUCAAACAAUCGGAGAAUUUGGUAUUGGGUCAACUUGUAAUCCCCUAUUAGAUAUUUUCUCUAUUUUCAUCUCUUGUCUGCUUGAUAGUGUAUUGAUGUUGUAAGAAGAAAUUCUAUCCUGGUCACUCAUGGAAGUUAAAGAGUUAAUUUGUGGAGAGGUUAUAAUUAAUUAUUAUUAACAAAACCAGUCUACUUGUUGUAAAUGUUAUAUUUGAAAGUAAAAUGGCCGUCUCAACACUUCCCUCGCAGGGACAUCCAGUGGUCGUAAAACGCAUUGAGAAAAAUCAUGUUGACUUAACAAGAACUGUGCUCCUUGAACUAAAACAGGUCAGUACACUUAAUCGAUACAAUCUCCCAUGAUGAUUUUCGGCAGUCUACAAAGCUGGUUAUAAUGUACUGUGUGAGAUUAUAGUAGCAACGCCGCGAACGGAAUGGGAAGUAGAAAGUUGAGGAACAGUGGCACCUCCGCUCUGCGUAUUUACGACCAGGCCGUUUCAUUUUCAUCGAGCGCGGAUGAAAAUGUGCUGGCUGCAUAAUCUAACAUUUUAAUUAAAGGUUAAGUUUGUGAAAAAACUUACCACUUAAAAAUUAUGAUUAUUCAUAAUCUCACACAGAUUCGUGAGGUACAUCACCCAAAUUUGACCAAGUUUUUUGGCGCAUGCGUGGAUGCUCCCAACAUCUGCAUUCUCACAGAAUACUGCUCAAGAGGAACUUUACAGGUAACAAAUAAUCAAUUCAAUUGCUUUCGUUGCCGCCGAUUUGGUAGUUCCUUUUCGAAGCACACAAUUUUUAGAAAUUGCGCAUGCGUUGCAUAACAUCACAAACCACAUACAAGCUCGCCACGGUUAUUAUACGUUGUGUAGUUGAAAAUUUAUUGAAAUAUUCAUUGCUGUUUUAUCAUAGGAGGUCAAUUUGAACGAGGACAUAAAGUUAGACAGCAUAUUUAUUCAUAGUUUUAUCCUGGAAAUUGCAACGGUAAGAUAAACAAUUUCAGUUUCAAACUAAAAGCUUUAUUUUCUCUAAGGACUGAGAAGCUACUUGAUUCAUAUAUAACUGUGUGUAUGGUGUUAUAUUCGGGGAUACUAAUGAUGUUUUAAACCGUACAAGGACCCAGAGCCAACCUGGCUUACGCACAGUCCCUCAGUAUUAGUGCUUCAGCACGAGACCUGCACGCUUUCCCGUGGGCGUGAAAAGACUUUUUGUCGAAGAAAGAAAGUCUUUUGGCGGCCUGAGACCUAGAGCCGGGGGAGCCCGCGAGAGGUUUGCAAGGGGUCUAAUACCAAUAAAUAUUACUGCCGGACCGAUGAGCCUUUCCCUGACUCGCCUCAAAUCUUCCCGCGGGGGGAGAAACGCGCGCCUUGCAGCACUAAAAGUGAGGGUCUGCUCUAAAGCUAGAACAUACAUUCUAUGUGUGCUGUCUCACAUGCGACGAAGACAAAACAAUUGAGCAUCGUCUACACCUGGAACUACGUUCUUUAUUCAUUCUCUUAGCUUUCAUCUAUGGUCAUUUUAGAGGAGAGGAAGCUGAAUAAAUGUUAAAAAAGAGUCUUGUGAGCCUUCCCCUCAAAUUAUGCCUCUUAUUAGUGUUUUUAAAUAUGUUUGUUUUUGUAUCGUUGCAAUUAUUGGCUGAUUGGUUCACUACGUUGCUGACUGUAUUGUGAUUAGUACAAUUAUCAUUUUUAUUAUUGUUAUAGUUAUUAUUAUACCAUUACUGUUCCCCAGGGCAUGGACUAUCUUCACAGUGUUGACGUCAAGUUUCAUGGACGCCUCACCUCAUCUAACUGCGUGGUAGAUAGCCGCUGGAUUUUAAAGAUCACAGACCACGGGCUCAGGGAGUUCAAGGUGCACAACGAACGCCUCAGCGUGAGAAGUUGCGGUUAUGUCCAAGACUACUCUAGUACGGUUUGAAAACACAUCUACUUACUUCGUUGAUUUUCGUGUGCGGGUAUCACUUUGAAAAGAUUUGACUACAAAGAAAGCAAUGUCAAACAUCAAAGCUGAACCUGUAAAGGCCAGAUAUCAUAGUAUAGGUACAUACAGCGAGUACAGACAUUUUUCUACCUUUCUUCUGUUGUCAAGAAUGAUAAGAGAAGAUAGCACUCCUCAAGAAUGAUGUACAAUUACAAAUAAAACUGAUAGGUUUGAAAUACUGUUUCUUUUACACGUGACUUUUAACGGUCAGUGUGUAAUAUUACAGGGAUUAAUGCCUACUCAAAAAUGUAAAAACAAAAUAAAUACAAAACCCAUUCUAUAGUGAAUUCUAUAGUCGUGAGCCCUAACUGUUUCAAAUAUUUCGUUAUCUUUAUCAUAGGGGCAUCUCCCCAGGCAAAGCAAUGUAAUGCUGCGUUUACCCUGGGUAUCUACGACCUACGAUCAUAUUUUUUUUGUUUUUGUUUUUUUUGUUUUUUUGUUUUUUUUGUUUUUUUGUUUUUUUUUUUAAAUUUAUUUAUUCGUUUCCGUAAUCACAGAGUAAAAAAAGAGAUAUCGUGAUUCCUUGUCAAUCCUGGUAAGGAGUAUUAUAAUAACUAGAUCUACUACAGGUAUAGCCCCCAGUCCUUCUUUGAUAUCGCCCUUUACGGGAAUGUGCCCAUUGAGAAUGUAGGUUGCCCAUAGCAACGAGAAGUGGCUAAAAGAAAUUGACUCAUUAUUUCACAGAGCUGUUGUGGACUGCUCCUGAACUUUUACGUCAGAAACAAAACCCAUGCAGGGGUACUCCAAAAGGAGACGUUUAUAGCUUUGGAAUCAUAGUACAUGAACUGGAGACUAGGCAUCUGCCAUAUCAUGACUGCCACCUUAAGGCAAAGGGUAAGUAAAGGGAAUCGUCUGGAAUACCACAUGGCAGAUUUCCGUAAAUUUUCAAUAAAGAUUACAGUGAAUGAGCAAUAUCCCCUACCGCUGCAGCACCACAAUUUAUCUAAAAACGUACCCUUAAUGUUAGGUUAGUUUAGGUAGAAUAGAACAAACAGAAUUAUAUUGAGACAUCGUAUGUACCACUGUGUUCGUGACAGAAAUUGUCGGUCGUGUGUCGACCCGUACCAAUCCUCCUUUUCGCCCUCCACUCACGGCCAAUGUGGCAAGAGAAGAUCUUCACCUCUUGAUGAAAAUGUGCUGGAAUGAGAAUCCGGAUGAAAGACCUGAAUUUUGGGAGAUAAGAAAGCUAUUAAAGAAACUCCACGGAAGAAAGUAUGGUUCAAUGUUUUUCUUCUUUUUAACAACUGUUUACAGCUAACGAUAGAUAUAACGUGACAUGCAAAACCACAUUAUGCAUCCAGUUAAAGAAAUGUAGUCAGAUUUCUUUACGGAAAAAGAUGAACCUUCUAAAAGUUUGCCUCGCUUCCAACGUGUGGCACCACAGUUGUACGAGUAGUAGUACUCAAGUAAUAUCAGGGAGGCCUGGGUUCGAAAUUUUUUCCAAGUGCCUUUUCUGCAAUUACAUAAAUUGCAGUCCACAAACAGUCAUACAGUGUCAUGAUUGAUUAAUCAAUAACAAACUUGUCUCACCGUUUUGAGGUUUAGACCCAUUUAGAUGAUCGUGAAUUUUGUUUGCGUUUAGGAACAACCUCGUCGAUAAGAUAAUUUACAUGCUGGAAGAACAUUCACUCAAUCUGGAAAAACUCGUUGAAAAACGAACUGAACAGUGGAUUGAAGAAAAGAAGAGGACAGAUGAACUGCUUCACAGCAUGCUCCCAAAGUAAAUAUCAUCUUUUCUAUCUAUAUUUAGACCAUUCUUUGAACUCUUCUCUCAUUUGGCUGGCACGCAAAUAUUUAGGGAGAUGUUAAGUUCUGAAUUUAGCAAUAAAUUAGGGAGUGUGUACAGAUUAAAUUUUGUAAAUGUAUCGAUAGUAGGCAGGUAUAUUUGCUAUUUGUCACCCUUCGUAAGUAACAUUUGGGGAAAAGGUAAAAGUAGAUGGCAAGAACGGCAAGUUUUUGGACGGGUCCCUGUAGGGAAAGUGUUAGUUUAACAAUCACUUUAACUGGGUGUUGAGAGGAAUUUGCGACAACUCGAUUGGUUCUUUUUCACCAGACUCAGAUGCACCACCCAAAUUAUAGAUAUCAUUGAAAUUCAAUGAUGUUUGCUAUCAUUUGAAUUUUUUAAAAGGAGUGUAGCUGAUCAGUUGAAAAGAGGAAGACCAGUGGAGGCUGAAAGUUUUGACGAAGUAACAUUAUUCUUUAGCGACAUCGUGGGAUUUACUGCUCUGUCCUCAGAGAGUACUCCAUUGCAGGUUAACUCCACAAUAGCCCUGUCAACCUUUGGAAAUCCUCCUCAUAGUUUUACUCCUUAUAACUUUUUAACUGGAGAAACCUCAUCGAUACUUAACAAACAUUUUGUCGCAUAUUGCUUGAGACAAAACCCUCACUCUGCCUCCUAUCAAAUAUAUAUCACGCUCUGAGGAUUUUCCAAUGAGGAUUCCGAAUCAAUCUCAUUAUCUGAGAAACUACACGCCUACCCCUCCCUUCACCCAGAAGUAACCCAAACUUGAUAUCAGUCGACUGUUCUCGAGUCAGGGGAGGGGUAAGUGUGAAGUUACACAGAUGCUGAAAUUGAUCCAGGGUUCCUAUCUCGUACGCAACUAAUUUUAGGAUACGAUCUAGAUGUACUGUGUAGCGAUGAAUCAACUUCAGUUUUGAACAUUUUUGCCCAAAUAACAUUAUUCUAAUCUUUGAGUUUUUUAGAAUGGAAACAGGAAUGGGAAUUUAGGGGUGGACAUUCCACGAGGUGGUUCCUCUUGUCCACUGGUUCCAGGUAGAAUUAGAAUUUGGAGUCCUUACACAAGUCAACGUGGUAUUCAUACUUGUGACUGACACUUACACGAAGCACUAUGCAUAUUCGACUACUGAAGCCGCCAGCUGAUUUCCCUCUUGUCAUUUUUUUUUUUUUUUUUUUUGCUGAUAGAUUGUGACCUUGCUAAAUGACUUGUAUACUACAUUUGAUGCGAUAAUCCAUGGAUAUGAUGUCUAUAAGGUACAAAAUUAAAUGGAACAUUUAUAAGUUUAUUUGAACUUCAACUAAAGUGAGCAACAUCUUGGCCUUCAAAGAGUGAAAAAUGGUUUUUCUCUUAAGUUUGUUUUCCACAAUUUAUUUCCAAUAAUUACACAACUAUUGCAUUUUCCACGACUGACAAAUGCCACUGGAGUGGCUUAAGCGUCCUUUGACUAAUUUUUCAAAAUUAAGCUACACCUCUUAGAAAUUUAAACAUGGUACAAGUGUAAUUAACACAGAGUAAUAAGCCAAAAGACGUUUGCCAACAAUUCUUAAUCUACUUUUAGCAAAAUGUAGGGAAUGUAGUAGACUACGUAAGCCAUUCCCAUUCCCCCAAGGCUUCUGUUUCACCUUGGGAGGGGGGGAGUGGGAGGGUACGACUACACGUAGGCUAGGAAUGUAUCUCCCAGUGUUGUGGUCUGGCCUUAUAGUUGUUUAUACAGGCUUCGUCCAAAUAUCGCAGAUAUAUACAAUAAAUACAUACAUACAGGUCAAAUUUUCAACCCGCCGUUAAUUUAUGAUCGGCUUUUUCUUCAGGUGGAGACUAUUGGUGACGCUUAUAUGGUUGUCUCUGGUCUGCCAAUAAGAAACGGCCAUCAACACGCCCUAGAGAUAGCUGACAUGGCGCUUCAUCUCCUACAGUCUGUGCAAACUUUUGAAAUAAAGCACCGUCCGGAAGAGAAACUUAAGCUGAGAAUUGGCAUCCACAGUGGUAUGGAAUUAAAAAGAGGGAGUAAAAGAUUUUGGGAAGAUCACAUGGUUUUUCAGGGGGAACGGAAGGGUAAACAGUCACCAACAGAGUAUGAAGGGGGGGGGCGACUAUAGACAACUGACUGCCAAUUUACUGCCAGUGAGGGGGGGGGGGGGGUCAUAAGGACAUUACAGAGCUUUAUGGGAGGAUCAGGUAAAUUUGUUUGUGACACAACCAAAAUUCUUCGACUUCCACCCCCUCCGGUGAUAAAUUAUGAUUGGUCCCUAAAUGAAUGUGUAAUAUGGGCUGAGCGUAUGUUUCCAGGUCAAAUAAUUGGUUCUUGGAGUCUCUCUUGGGGGAAAAAGAGUUAGUCCUGGUUAUGAGGUUAUUCCAACAAAUAUUUAAUACCUUGCUUUACAAGUACACAGUUGACCAACAAGGCGGGGUUAAAAAUAUUUUUUUACAUCUCGACUGUUGGGUUUUGGAAAAUAAUUUGAAAUCACGUAGAUCGGCGUCAAAGGACGGACGCACGUCUUAGACAAGACGAGUAAAAGUGAAAUCGUCGUUCAGUCUUUAGUAUGUUUUAACACUCAAUUUCGAGACAAAGGAUAGUUUGAACCCAGUGACUGAGAGAAAUAAUGACUACGAUUACGGGCCUCGCAUCUGCAGCGUCAUAUUCCUAUCAAAUAAUUUGCCGGGAUCAAUGUCAGUAGCUGAGCAGCCGCGCACCAACUCCUUUCCUAAACCAACAACAAUCAACUGGUCAGGGUUUAUGUUGAGAUAAGGGAGGAGAAGGGGCGCAAUUGCUCAGAUGCUGACAUUGAUCUUAAAGUUUAAGCGUCCCCUUCGCCUGUUUUACGAGUUUUAUUUAGUUGAAAGAUAACAGGAGAUAUCACAUUUCAAUAAUUUCGUAUUUUAGGUCCUGUUUGCGCAGGCGUUGUUGGCUUGAAAAUGCCUCGUUAUUGUCUGUUUGGCGAUACAGUAAACACUGCCUCCAGAAUGGAAUCAAGUGGAGAAGGUGCGUGAUCAAUCUAUGUUUUCUCACGAGAUAUCAAUACAUUUUCAAAUAGACGGGCAAUGAGAACGUGUCAAAAAUAUCACCAAGAGCAAUGUCUUCAAACUUCUUAUAUAAACUUCCUUCACGGGAUCUGCAAAAUUGACUUUCUUUUCCAGAGUUGAAAUUAAAAUGAAAUGUUCUUUGCACAUGUAACGAAAGAGCAUUGCGCUGCGUGGAUUGCACUAGCUUGUCUUUACUUCUCGCUCUGAUUGGUCAAGAAAAUUCUCUUAACCAAUCUAAUGCACGACUAACACCGAUCGCAAAUGAUUGGUCACUCGUGUUUACCCGCGCUUUAUGCCGGUUGCACCACGUAUCUAUUUGGAGCUUUACCAGUUUGACUCCUUGCGAUGAUUUUCUUCGUUCUGAUUAGCUAACGUGAUUACUUAAGUUUUAGUGUCACGACACUCGGUCGAAAUGCACUUCGAUUCAGAGUCUGGUUCCUCGGUACUAAUUUCGUGAUUUAACUUUGUGUACAUAUUAGCUUUAAAAAUCCACAUCAGCGCAGCCACCAAGGUGUUCUUAGAGACAUGUGGAGGUUAUAACAUGAGAGAACGAGGAUCGAUUGAAGUCAAGGUUUGCGGGCUCAAUUCAUUAUUUUACUGAGAUCAAACUGUGAAAUUUAUUACUCCAUGAAGUAAAGACAUGUUUUUCUAUUUGGUGCCUCUAAUUACUCACGAGGGUCUAUGAUACAUCAACUUUGUAUGUGAGCGUCUCACCAGAACCCUUGAAUCUGAAAUAAGAAUGAAAAUUAUAAACUUAGGUAGGAAGUAGGUUCUAUAGAAUAAGAUUUUUAUCAUUGUCUCUAUUUAUCUCUGAAAAAGCUCCCUGGCAAAUUUGGUCUGAAAUACUGAGGUGAUGGAUAACUUUUGAUUCGUGUAGUACGCUGUGGCUAUUAAAAUUCAUAAUUUUCUGGGCUAGAUAAAAGUUAGGAAUCUGAGCAAUGGUCUUCCCCAUCUCCCUGCGUUUUGGGUGAAUAUCCCCCCUCUAUGAGAGAGAGAGAAUGUAUUUACCAGUCGUUAGUGCUACGCUUCAACUGCAUUCAACUUAUUUCAUGGCUUAUAUCAUUUGCGACCCGUCAUCCGAGAAAAGUAUUCCUGAUUGACGUGUGAAAUAAUCAAUGUUCCCUCUUUAAUACCUGCUCGAACUCCGUUCUUUUCUCGGUGUAUUAUCUUCUUAUCUGUAGGGUAAAGGAAAAUUGGUGACAUAUUGGUUAAACGGAAGAGUCAGUCACGCGCCUUCAUCAGAAGUUGUUUCAAGAUCACGAUCAAGAACUGGUGCAUUCUCUUCUUCUGCAAUAGAAGUGGAGCUGACCGAACACCUGACCCGUGAAAAGUUGGGUCUGAUACGUGAAGGUCUUAAUUAGAAUAUGCAACGCGCUAAUGAAGUUAACUCUGCUUAGCGAUAACUUUAUCAAACAAAGAAAAAAGCUUAAAUGCCUCUCUCUUCAUUUGCAAGUUCCACAAGAUCAAUGCAACUGGAAAAACUUCGAGUGUAAUGCAACAACUAGUUUGGGACACUAUAACAGCCCAUUGCUAUUCCAGGUGCAUGGAAUACUGGGUCACGUAUUUCACUUGUCCUUUUACACAGCCCUCAUGAACGACGUCGAGCCGACAAAAAUAGAUUUGCUGCUUUUUUAAAUUACCUAUAUUGCCUGAUCUGCUAAGUUUCCACAAUCUGAAUUUUUUGAUUUACAUAAAAAAAACAUUUCAACCUUUCCAGUUGGGAUUUUGAGCUCAUUUUACUCUAAUUAGGUUCCAACAACAGCAAAAACUGAAAUACAUUUUUUUCGCAAAAUUUUUGAUUUAACCUCAAACUCUCCUAAGUAAGUCACAAGGCCUGUAUAACAUUUAAAAGGAUAAAAAUGCAAUUUAGACUAAUCAGGUCUUAGGACUUUAAAGGCUAACUACGUAUUUACACUUACCAAUUCAAGGCAAAGGGGGGUUUUCAAUUGAGUGUCGAAAAAACCAAAAACAAAGUUAAUUACAAUUACCAUUCAGAAAAAAAAGGUUAACAUCAUCAUUGACCGAUGAGAACUUAAAUUAAAAACUUUGGAGCCUGCUGAAAGCGCGGGAAAACGCGAGUGGCCAAGUUGGGAUUGGAAUUUUUUGUUUGAAUUUGAUUGGUUGAGAUGGUGGCACGAGUUUUCUUGACCAAUCAUAGAGCGAAGUAAGGCAAAACCGAACGAACCCCGGAUCACUCUCUAUUUAUAUACAGCAAAGCAACUCAUCAAAAAAGUUCAUUUUUCCUCUGUAAGUAUAUUUAUGUUAUGCCUUUGAUACCUAAGAACCCAAAUAUAAGUUGUUACUUAACGCUACCUUUUAAGGUUAAUUAAAAUGUAAUAUAAUGUACCGCAUUAUUCAAGUUAUGUUAGCCACAUUAGUGCAUCUGCUUCCAUAUUAGAGUUGUCAUUGGCUUAACGUGAAACUUUUCAAGCAUCAAUUUCCCCCUUUAUUUACCUAAACUUCCAGAAGUUUGAUGUUUUUUAUACAUAUAUAAAUAUAUAUAAAUCGGCUAAUAGACUUUGGUUUUUGACAAAUGCAAUAUAGAGGUCUACCAAACACUGACAUAAACAUAAUAAACAUUGAACCACUAGUUUAGGUCAGUGUGAGUUUUUGUUACCUGUUAUCCUCAAAUGUAAGACAAUCUAAAGAUCUUUCUGUGCUAUCCUUUCGUUAUUCUUGCUAUUUCCUACAGAAAAAUUUUAAUCCGAAGGACGCAUUGCUCUCCUCUGUUUCGUAAAUUUAUAUACAGAGAUUAAACUGAC